CAAUUAAGUGCUAGCAAAAACUAGUCUCCAACUCAUAUAUAUAUACGGUUCUUUCUAUGAAGCUCCCUUCUUCUUCUUCUUCUUCUCCUCUUCCGUCUUCAAUUUGUAACUUAGUUCUCCGUUUGACACUAUUAUUAAUUGUUUCCGGCAAAACAAAGGGUGUGGUGAAACUUCCACCAAAUGUUUCGGUUCCAGCAGUGUUGGUAUUUGGCGAUUCGAUCAUGGAUACGGGCAACAACAACAACAACAUAAAAACAGCUGCUCGCUGCAAUUUCCAACCAUAUGGGAAAGAUUUUAAGGGAAGUGUCCCAACUGGCCGAUUUAGCAAUGGAAAGGUUCCAUCAGAUCUCAUAGUUGAAGAAUUAGGCAUUAAAGAGUUUCUUCCCGCGUACUUGGAUCCAAAUCUCCAGGCUAGUGAAUUAGCCACCGGGGUGUGCUUUGCGUCAGGAGGUGCUGGCUAUGAUCCUUUGACAUCAGAAUUAGCGCAGUCAGCUAUAUCACUCUCCGGUCAACUAGAUUUGUUUAAAGAAUACAUAGGAAAGCUAAAGGGACUCGUUGGAGAUGACAGAACAAAGUUCAUCCUAGACAACACUCUUUUCUUUAUCGUAUUAGGCAGCAAUGACAUUUCCAAUACAUACUAUGUGUCCCAUCUUAGACAACUGCAAUAUGAUGUUCCAGCUUACACUGACCUUAUGGUUAACUCAGCAGCUAGUUUCUUCAAGGAGCUAUAUCAACUCGGUGCACGGCGGAUUGGAGUAUUCAGUGCGCCGCCAAUUGGGUGUGUACCGUUUCACAGAACGGUGGCCGGAGGAAUAGUAAGAAAAUGUGUGCAAAAGUUCAACAACGCAGUGACAUUAUUUAACGAGAAACUGUCAAAGGAGAUAGAUUCCCUUAAUCAAAACUUCCCCAACAGCAGGAUUGUUUACUUGGAUGUUUACAACCCUUUGCUUGAUAUCAUCGUAAACUACCAAACAUAUGGCUACAAAGUCGGAGACAGAGGGUGCUGUGGCACAGGCAAAAUAGAGGUUACAUUUUUAUGCAACAAUUUGGAUCCCACGUGUCCCAACGUUUCGGAUUAUGUCUUUUGGGACAGUUUUCACCCUACAGAAAGCGUUUACAACAAGCUCGUGCAUCCUAUUUUACAGAAAUAUAUGUACCAGUUUCAGUGAGCUAUUAAUACAUUUCAUUUUUAUAAACAAAACU